GUGCCUUGGCUGAGACGCGGCCGGAGCUGAGGUUGGGAGGCAGGUUUCUUCUGUUACUGCUCAAGUUGAUGGGGAAAUUAAAUUGUUUUUCGUGUUUGUUUAUCUGUUGUGCUUAGUGAUACCUUGGUCAGUUCGUAAGGCAGUGUAAGUCUUGCUUAUUCAGAUAUAAGACUAAUAACAGGCGGAUACUGAUGUCCACAGCAGGUUGUCUCUGGAACGUAUGGUGUUUAUCCAUACAUAAUGGAUGACAAUGCCUCGGAGCUGAUCAAGCUCUCUUCUAGUGAAUCCAUUUAUGGCACACUUGCUAAUUUCGAGUUUGAGAAGAAGAUAGGAAAGGGCCAGUUCAGUGUAGUCCACCGAGCAAGAUGCAAGAUCGACCAAGCUGUGGUGGCUUUGAAAAAAGUUCAGAUCUUCGAGAUGAUGGAUUCAAAAGCAAGAUUAGAUUGCAUGAAAGAAAUUAAUCUAUUACAGAAACUGAAUCAUCCCAACAUCAUCCACUAUCUUGCGUCCUUCAUCGAAGACAAUGAACUCAACAUCGUGUUUGAGUUGGCUGAUGCUGGAGAUCUAUCUCGUAUGAUUCGGCACUUCCGUAAGCAGCAGCGUUUGAUACCAGAGAGGACAAUAUGGAAAUACUUUGUGCAACUGUGUUCUGCCCUUGAUCACAUGCACUCGAAGAGGAUAAUGCAUAGGGAUAUCAAGCCAGCUAAUGUCUUCAUCACAGCACAAGGCAUAGUGAAAUUAGGAGAUCUAGGGCUUGGCAGAUUCUUUAGCUCGAAGACCACGGCAGCACACUCUCUUGUUGGCACUCCAUACUACAUGAGCCCAGAGAGAAUUCACGAGCAUGGGUACAACUUCAAGAGUGAUAUCUGGUCUCUUGGAUGUUUGCUGUAUGAGAUGGCAGCCUUGCAGAGUCCAUUUUAUGGAGAUAAAAUGAACCUCUACUCACUUUGUAAGAAAAUUGAGUCCUGUGAUUAUCCACCACUCCCAGCUGAUCACUAUUCAUCAGAGCUCAGAACAUUGGUAGACAACUGCAUAAAUCCAGAGCCGGAUAAACGUCCAGACAUCACCUACGUGUACUCUGUGGCACGAGAGAUGCAUGCCCAAACUCAGUCUCCAAGUUCUUGUAGCUCAGCAAUGUCAGCUGCACACAUUGCUAAUGCAGAGGAAAAGAAUGUAAAUGAGAGUAGACAUAGCUUAGAGAGAAUAAAGCUACAGGACUAGCAGCGCGCCAACUGGAGUAGGUAUGCACGGUCUGAUGAUAUAAAUUCCCCAGCAAAUGCAUGGAAUGAUGCCCCAUCAUCAGCUGGCUCAAACAAGGAGGUGAAGAAAGGAAGUGAUGGAGAAGUUGCUCUCUCUGGACCUGGGCCUUCCUCUGGGGCUAGCACUGCGGGUGAUG